UUACCACUUUAAACCUACUUUUGUGGUUUUUAUUAGAAUAAUUUUUGUAGAAUAAUAAGCGUGCGUGUCUUGAUAAAAAGUGUAUGGCUAUUUGGUGUUAAACCAGCCGGGACUUUAGUGUUCUUGAUGGUUUCCGGUGACGAUUUCAAUGGUGGUCGUUUACCGCGAAAAACUACUAGGUCGCCGAACCGAAAAUCCAAGAAGUCUGAUGCAGACAUAGCGAAGGGUUCUGCGUUGCGAAAUGAUUCGCAACCCUCUGUCCAUAAAAGAAAUCUUUAUGUGGUUUCGUUCCCAAUAAUAAUUCUGUUUAAUUUGCUGAGGUCUAUUUUGUACCAGUUAUUUAUAAUUUUCAAAUAUUUAUACUCGGCGUCGCACCGUUUCAUUCAUAGGCCUCGUAAGAACGGUGAAUGUAACUUAGAGGUGGUCGUGAAAGACGGUGUGGUGUCCACGGAGAUCGCGCACAGUGAGGAAAUGGCGUAUGUAAACAACGUGGGUCCCGGGGACCCGCUUCUGGCCAAACAGAAGCAUCACCAUCGGAAAGCUUUCGAAUACAUAUCGAAAGCGCUCAAGAUAGACGAGGAGAAUGAAGGCCAAAAAGAAUUAGCUAUAGAAUUAUACAAGAAAGGUAUCUAUGAGUUGGAGCGAGGCAUCGCUGUGGACUGCUGGGGGGGUCGUGGAGAUGCCUGGCAGCGAGCACAGAGGCUCCAUGAUAAAAUGAAAACCAACCUUGGCAUGGCUAAGGACCGUUUACAUUUCCUGGCGAACCUAGUGGCCCUCAGUAAAUUGGGCGUAGAGAGUGAGCCCGAACGGAGUGACAAAAAGCCUACGGAGUCUCCUCUUAAGCGCAAGCCAUUAGAGAAGUCCAAGACAACGCUACUAGCACACACAGAAAGUAACAGUGGUCAAACAAAGCCACCAAAUGAAGUCGCAGGUCGAAAGUUAACAACCGCUGGCCGGAGAGUGCCUGGCGGAGGCGGACCACUGAUGAAGUCUCAGACCCUGCCGCGGUCAAUGGGCAGGUCAUCUUCACAGCCCAACAGUUCCAAUGGGGGAUUCAGAUAUCCCGUGAAACCCGCCUCUACGCCACCAGCUGUUAAACGACAGCUAUCUAGCGCAUAUCAGGUGCCAGUGAACGGGUCACCGGUGAGAAGGGUCGUAGGAGGAGGCUCGCAAAGAGGGACGCCCACCAGAAGCAGGACCCCACAGCCGACGCUCGCUGUACGAGGUGUGGACCCCAAGCUGGUUCAACUUAUACUGGACGAGAUUGUGGAAGGCGGUCCGAAAGUCCAUUGGGAUGAUAUUGCUGGUCAAGAUGCAGCCAAGCAAGCGUUACAGGAGAUGGUGGUUUUGCCGUCGUUAAGACCGGAACUUUUUACCGGACUUCGAUCACCAGCCAAAGGGUUGCUGCUCUUUGGUCCUCCAGGCAACGGUAAGACGUUGCUGGCGCGAUGCGUGGCGGCGGAGUGCUCGGCGACCUUCUUCUCAAUAUCCGCUGCCACGUUGACAAGCAAGUACGUGGGCGACGGGGAAAAGAUGGUACGAGCGCUGUUCCAAGUAGCCAGGGAACUGCAGCCGUCAAUAAUAUUUGUGGACGAAGUAGACUCGCUUCUCUGCGAGCGAUCGUCGGGCGAGCAUGAGGCGUCGCGGCGGUUGAAGACGGAAUUCCUUGUGGAGUUCGACGGGCUCCCGGCCGCGGGGGCGGAUAGACUUAUUGUUAUGGCAGCUACCAACAGACCGCAAGAGCUGGAUGAAGCUGCGUUAAGACGGUUUCCAAAGCGGGUAUACGUGACCUUGCCUGACGCGCGAACGCGCGGUGCGCUUCUACGGCGCGUUUUAGCGCGAGGAGCCGCCGCAUCAUCGCUAACUGAUGAUGAUAUAGUGAGGCUCGCCGCUCUCACUGACGGCUAUUCGGGGAGCGACCUUACUGCGUUGUGCCGAGACGCUGCUCUUGGGCCAAUCAGAGAGUUGGACCCAGAGGAAGUCAAAUGUUUAGACUUGUCCCUGGUUAGAAGUAUCACCUUCCACGACUUUAUGGACGCCCUGAAGAGGAUCCGAGCGUCCGUGUCGCCGCACAGUCUUGCCGCCUACGAGAAAUGGUCCGUGCAGUACGGCGAACUGGGAGUUUAAACUUUGUGUAAAAGGUACUGGCUAGUAAAUAAUAACUUUGUGGUGAGUCAAUAACUUUAAGGAUUAUGUGUCGGUAUCGCAAGUAAAUUGUUUGAAUUUUAAUAGUAAUGAAUUUAUUCCAGAAUUUUUGUACAUCGCUCAAAUUUUAGGAAUCUCCAAACCUUUCCCUUAUAAAAUUCCAAUGUAUUACCUAACCGAAUAAUGUGUUUUGGAUUUAUUAUAGUAGUAUUAUUUGUUUUAUUGUAAAUGUAUCGUAGGAAUCAGAGUAUUUAAAACUCGUCUAGUCAAACAACCAGGUUUUGACUGUAGUUGCCAAGCAUUUCAUCACAGUUGAAGGCCAUAACAAGUCGUAGAAGACAAAAAAUCAAAAUAGAAAUAAUUUGAUCUCGAUAAAAUCCUGUCCAAUUAGCGCCUAAUAUGUAACUCGAAUCAAUGAAGAAGUAGCUUUCGAUGUUUCUAGAUGUAAGGAAAACGCUUAUGCACUCCAUACUUCUUUAUUGAGUCGUGUUAUAAAACCUUAAAAACCCGUCCAGUCAAAAGGAGGAAAAUAAACCGUAUGUCAAAAGUCAUACAACAUACCUAAUUUUUAUAAUUAUCAAUCCUUUUGGCUUGCGUGGCAUGAUUUUUCUACAAAACGCUCUAUGCAAUUUAUAUAGCACGCUAAUAUAAACCUUUUGGCGUUUUUGUAUUAGUCUUUCGUUUUUUAAGCGAAUACGUCAAUGGAAAUGCUAACUGACAUAACGUAAGAAUUAUAAUUUUUAGGCUUAAAUAUUUCUUUUUAUGUUUAUGAAUACCAGAAGGUAUUGCACCAGUAAUUUCCGAAUUGAAUAAAAUAUGUAAAAGUUUGAAUAUUUAUUCAAAUAUUUAAAGAUUUUUGUCACGUUUCGUCAAUUCACAUUUCCACUGAUGCAAUAAUCGAAUGAAGAUUGAUUUAAGGAAAUGAAUGAACAAAAUAUAUUUGUUUUAGAAAAGUGAGUCCACAUUUUAGAACUGUAAUCAUAACUGAAUGGGUAUCCCUCUAUUCUUAUAUACGAUAGUGGCACACAAUUUUUGUGUGAGUGUGGAUUUGCAUUAACCCUCGUAACACCUAAUGGAAUCUAUGUACAAAUAUGUGUUAACCGUUUUAAAUCUAAUUUAAAUGUAGUACCUCAUCAUUUUGUAUAUUUGGAUAUAAUGAAGAAGUGUUUGAAUAUUAUGUUGCAAUCGAAUGUAGCUUAAUGAAAUUUACAAUAAUUAAUUAUUAAGUUUAUUUUAUAUUAGUUGUCGACAAUCCAAGUAUUUUAACAACUUUAGAGUGCCUGUAUUUUUCAGCUUGCUUUUUGGUUCACCUGCAUUUCCUACUGAACAAAGUAAAGUACUAAGAUGCAACCGUCUUAGCAAAGAACAAUGCGCAAAAUGGUCCGCAUUGUGGCCACUUCCGAAACUAGUUUACAUCGAUAGAUUAUAUAAUUAUUUUUACUUAUUUCAAAAGUUUUUUGAACAUAAAUCUCUAUUUUAUUCAUUGUAGUCAUAGAAAAAUAGUAGUUCAUAUAGUCAUGAACAUAAGUACUACUAUUGUGUGCAAGGUACUACUAUUAGGUGCGGAAUGCAGGAAGCGGGAUACGGGAUUCAGGGUGCGAGUCGGGUAUUAUAGCUUGGUUCUAAAAAUAACUAUCAGAAUAAUAGACAUUUAGAACCUGUCUUUAAGUGAUUUUAACCAUAUCUUAAUACUUAAUGACUCCAGCUUAGCCACAUUUUGAAGCCUCGUAACUUUUUUCUUAAAUAAGUUUUAGCUUUGAAUCAAACUGCAUAUGAUUGGAUGCAUCAUAAAGAACUUUUAAAAAAACUUUUUCUGAAGUGGCCAUUCUGAAGAUCAGGUCAUUGUGUAUUUUGCCCAUUGUCCUUUCUUGCGUUUUACUAAAAAUCUUCACUGUUACUGGGAUUUUUAUACACUAACAUUCAUUUAAGUUAUAUUUUUAUUCACACUUCUGUUCUGCGUAACAAAAAUAAAUCUAAAUAGUUAAUCUACUACGUAGUAACGAUCGAAAUUAAUAAUCAAUCGUAUCUCUAAUCUGUCGAACAGUUACUUAGCAAUAUCGUUUGAACAAAAACAACGUUGCUUGCUAAGUAAUUUAUCUACAGAUUACAGCUUCAAUAUAGGAACCUUCAUUGCUUUAGUUUUAAGUUUACAUAAUUAAUUAUCACCACUAUAACAAUUCUGACUAUCAAAAGGAGUAGAAUAGUACCUACUUCGAAUAGUUGAUUUUGACUUUGAUUGAUGAUUAAUUUCGGCUGUAAAUCUGCAUUGUGCAUUUCACUUUAUAGAAAUGGCUGCCAAAGAUAUUCUUCAACAGUAGCAGAAGGCCAAAGAUUCAUAAGGUCUUUUUACUUGAAGUGUUUUCUCUAAGUUGUUUUAUGUCACAAGUGUUGGAUUGUCGCGUGUUAGAGUAUUGGACGUAGAUAAAUUAAUACAUAUUGCCUAGCGUAGAUAAUUCAUGAUUUUGCUCCAGGAAAAUGUAUCGAAGGCCGCGCGACCUUAACGAAAAAUAAUUUGUUAGUGACAUUAAAUGAAAAGUGUGUCCACGAUAUUCUUAUUAUGUUAUUACUUAGCACACGACUGUAUCCUUUUGGUUUUUUCAUUACAAGUCAUAGGUACAACAUUUUUUAGCUCUUGGUACAAGUAGGUACGCUGACCGAAAUGCCGACACAUGGCAGGUAAAAAUUAAAAAAAUACGUCGCGCGGCAUUCCUUCUAUUUUAUCAGAAAGUAUUUUAAUCCAUUUUAGAGUUGUUGUUAUUGAAAUUAUUCUAUUUCUGUUGAUUAUUAAUAUGUUUUCUUUAUUAUUAUUUUAAUAGAAUUCUUGCCCUAAUUUUAUUGACAUUUAAUACCAAUAAGAUCAUUCAAUCAAUAUUAAUAUUAUUAUGCUGCGUAUCUUAUGAAUAAACAAACAACAUAUGCAAGACAGUAAUGACUUGUAGCUAACUUCCGAAAUCGAAGAUAAUUUGCUCAAAACUUGCGUAGAUAAAGUAAACUAUGCGACUCGGGCACUAUGAUGGAGAAAAAUAUAUACCUAUUUUCAUAGUUUGUUAUUAAAUUGACUACUUAUAUCUUCGAUCUAAAUAAUAAUUGUAAUGUAUUUAUUAAUUAUGGAAUUAAUAUCGAUUACAGGACCAUGCAAUUAUUGGUAGGUUUCAUAAUAGUGUGCCAUUAAUCACAUGGGUUGGAGAAGAUAUUUAUUUGAUCAAUUGAUCAUAGACUAAAGAAUAUAGAAGAACAAGUCUAAAGUCUGGGCUUUCUCCUUGCUAUAUCAAUAAUGAUUUCGAUUUGUUACGAUUAUUUCUUUAGUCUAUGUCAAUAAACUGAGCCAUGGAGAGGAGCUUUGUAUACUAAACUUACUAAAUUAAAUGUACUUAUUAAAUUUUUAUCCCCUUUUUUUUACUGGCCUCAAGACUUCGGAUUCUAUCCCUUUUAAUGCUUUUCUUCUCCCAUUUACUAUUUCAUACUGACCAUCUCCAUGGUCUCAUUUUCUUGUUGGACUAAAUAGUAACUACUCGCAUAUAAGUGACCUUUAUAAAUGUUGUCAUUUA